AUGGCAGCAUCAGCAAAAGGUAUGGCAGCAGCAGCAGCAAAGGGCAGGGCAGCAGCAGCAGCAGUGGCAGAAGAUAGGGCAGAAACAGGAGCAGCAGAAGGCACGGAAGCAGCAGCAGCAGCAGCAGCAGCAGCAGCAAAAUCAGAGACCCUCUGCGUGGCUUUAAGCAGCCGAGGGGUGGGCCACCGCGCUGCUGCUGCUGGCGCAGUUUGGCUGCAAGUCUUUGCUGCUUCGCACUGCAGCAACAGCAGCAAACUUGCAGAUGCUUCGCACUGCAGCAACAGCAGCAAACUUGCAGAUGCUUUGCACUGCAGCAACAGCAGCAAACUUGCAGAUGCUUCGCACUGCAGCAACAGCAGCAAACUUGCAGAAAGGACCAGACCACAGCAGCAGCAGCAGCAGCAGCAGCAAGACCAUCCCGCCGCCAACCCUUUUGCCAGCUGCAGCAGCAGCAGCGCACCCUCAAAACAGCUGCCUCUCAGCAGCACCUGCACCUCAGUGACUUUUGAGGAGGGCGUGUUGGCCCAAGACGCCGCCGUGCCCAGCAGCAGCAGCAGCAGCAGCAGCAGCAGCAGCAGCAGCAGCGGGACUCACCGCAACAAGAGCAGCAGCAGCGGGAAGAGCAGCAGCAGCAGGACUCGCGACAGCAACAGCAGUAGAAGCAGCAGCAGCACCGGAUCUCGCAGCAGCAGCAGCACCACGAUCCGCAGGCGCAACUGCAGGACGACCAGCAGCAGCAGCAGCAGCAGCAGCAGCAGAACUGGCAGCAGCAGCAGCAGCAGCAGCAGCAGUUUCCUUGUUUGGGAUGGCGCACCGCCGCGGGCUGCGCCCAGUUGCACGCAGCAGGUUCUCGGGGGCCCCUGGGGGCCCCGGGGGCCCCCGAAACUGUCUGAGCUUUUGAACUGA